AUGACCCUUACAAAAAAACAGAAGCAAAGAAAUUGGGCAAAAUUCAAGGAAUCUCAUGCUCGUAGAAGAAGAGAACGAAUCCUUAAUGAAAGUGAGUUAUCUUUUAGAAGAAAACGAACGGCUUCAAUCGACAAUAAAAUUUCAGCAAGAUCAACUGUCUAUAAGGAUAUUAAGAUUCAAGAACUUCACGCUGCUAAUGUAGAAUUACGCCUUGAAAUCGAUGAUCUUCAAUUGAAAAAUUUAAAAAUUAUUUGA